AUGUUGUCUACGAUCUUUGCUGCAGCUUCAUUGCUACCUUUACUUGUCUCGAGUCAGCAGCUUAUCCAAGAUCCUGGAAAGGCUGGACCUGAGUUGGAACUUAUGCACUUGUACUACGACGAAUGGCCUACUGGUAUUGCUGUAUCCUCGACUGGACGCAAGUUCUCAAACUACCCUGGAGCUUUGGAUAAGAAUAAUACAAACAAUGGUUCCAAUAAUAAGUACACAGUCGCCGAGUUGACUGGAAACUCGACAGAGGCAGCCUAUCCCAAUGCUGAGUGGAAUAACCCCCAGGAGGAGGUGACUAUCAAUUACACGACGACACCUCCCACAGGAGCCAACUACCAGAAUCACUUUAUCGGUGUUCAGAGUGUUGUCGUUGAUCCGCUCGACCGCCUUUGGGUUCUCGACACUGGUAGAGUGCAAGACCCCAAUGGUACUAUCGUCAACGCCGCUGUUGGCGGACCUAAACUGGUUGGUAUCGAUCUCUCGAACAACACCGUUUUUCAAACAAUCGUCUUCCCUGCAAAUGUUGCUCCCGGAGAUUCCUAUCUGAACGACGUCCGCUUUGAUCUGCGUCCAAACAUCACAAGUUCGGGCAAGGGCGUGGCAUAUAUCACCGACUCUUCUAUCGAAGGUCGUACCGGACUCGUCAUUGUCGACCUCGGCACCGGCGAAUCCUGGCGCCACCUACAGGGCUCGACAUACGUAGCACCUGCCCAGCAAUUCCUCGCCUACAUCUGGGGCGUAUCCUUCUACAACUUUCAAGCCGGCCAACCCCUCGGUUAUCAAGGCUUCGGAGCUGAUGGCAUUGCUCUUUCUGCCGAUGGCGAAGAUCUCUUCUUUGGUGGUGUGGGAAAGAGAUAUCUGUACUCUGUCCCUACCGCUAGAUUGCGUGACGAUGGACCGUUCUCAGAAGCUCUUGCUCAGGCUUCGGUGGUUAGCCGUGGUCAGAAGGGUGUUUCGGAUGGCUACGAGACUGAUACCAACGGAUACAUUUACCACGGAAAUGCUGAGCAGAAUGCUAUCAGCUUCUACAACCCUGCGAAUGGAACGGACUCGCUGUUUGUGCGCGAUGCUCGCAUCAACUGGGUUGAUACGCUUCCCUUUGGUCCUCUGAACUGGCCUGGCACUGAUAGGAGACAGCGUCCUUUUGCUCUCUUCCGUGUCAAGCUUCCCAACAAUGGCACCAAGACGUCGUUGCGCUGA